AUGGUUGCUAGGCAACCUGGGAAGCUUGUAGGUGGUCUAAUAGCUGGUUUGGGGGCAGGGUUAGGGGUAUGGUUCGGGCUAUGUAAAAGUAAAGGUCAGGUUGCCCCGUCGGACGAGGAGGACCCUAAUUGCCCUUUCUCUAAAGCUGCAGUGGCCGCAGACUCCGAGAAUUGUUCAAAGAUUGGACGGGACAUUCUUCAGAAAAACGGCUCUGCAGUAGAUGCUGCCAUUGCUGCGCUGCUGUGCACCUCCAUCAUCAACCCACAGUGCGCAGGGAUCGGAGGCGGGGUCAUAUUCACUGUGAUGGACAGCUCCGGUAAAGUGAAAAUCAUCAACUCCAGAGAGACUGUCCCCAGAAAUGUGAACUCUGACCUGCUUAAGUCGUGUCCUAAAACCACAGAGUCGACCAUGGAUUGGAUUGGGGUUCCUGGGGAAAUUCGAGGUUAUGAAGCAGCACACCGGCUUUAUGGGAAGUUGAAUUGGACCGACCUCUUUCAGCCGACCAUCAAAUUAGCCAGAGAAGGAUUCCCUAUUCCUUAUGUCCAAGGUCAACACAUCCCACGCAUUAAUAAUACAUCAAUAAGGGAGUUAUAUUUAGAUAAAAAUGGGAUGCUGCUUAAGACCGGGGAUAUUGUGAAAUUUGAGAAACUUGCUGACACUUUGGAGACGAUCGCAAACGAGGGACCAGACGUGUUUUACAAAGGAACAAUAGCGAAGGAUUUAAUCCGUGACAUACAGAAAGCAGAAGGAAACCUCACACUGGAGGACUUGGCAUCAUAUGAAGCUGAAGUGACUGAUGCGUGGAAUAUUACUUUGGGAGAGUAUCGGAUGUACUUCCCUCCGCCUCCUUCAGGAGGAGCCAUCCUCAGCUUCAUCCUCAACAUCAUGAAAGGAUACAAAAUUAAUUCAGAACCUAAGACGACUGAUGAAAAGAUUUUGUUUUAUCACCGUUAUAUUGAAGCUUUAAAAAUUGCCAAUGACUUAAAGACAAAUAUCAGCGAUCCAAACUUCAGCUCAGAUCAAAUGGCAAAGAAUCUGACAGAGGAUAGCUUUGCAGACCGCAAACGAAGGUUGAUCAGCAGCGACAAGACUCGUGAUCCUGGCAUCAACUUGUAUCUGGACAGCCACGGCACCACACAUGUAUCUGUAGUGGCUGCAGAUGGAUCUGCUGUGUCUGUCACCAGCAGCAUCAACGACGAAUUUGGCUCCAAGAUCCUCUCUCCAAGCACUGGAAUCAUUCUAAACAACCAGCUGUCUGACUUCUGUGGUAGAGCUAAUAGCUUCUCUCCUGGGGAGCGGCCUCCCUCCAAUAUGGCCCCAUCUGUGCUGAAGUCUCAGUCAAAGACGCUGGUGAUUGGAGGGUCUGGUUCUGAAAUGAUUCCACCGGCAGUGGCCUCGGUGCUCAUGAACCACCUUUGGUUUGGAAAGAGUCUUAAGGAGGCAAUUGAUACUCCUGUUGUUGUUGUAGACUCUCAAAAUGAAGUAAAACCUGAACCCAAGCUUGAAAAGGAUGUAGUUGAUGGUCUUGAAGCUAAGGGACAUAAAAUAGCAAAAUUCUACAACACAGUUAACGCUGUGGAAAAGGAGGACAGCUGUAUCUCUGCAUGGUCUGAUGAAAGGAAAAAAGGCAAAGCAGCUGGUUACUGAGACCAAGAGUCAGUGAUGUUAGUUAUACAGCAUGGUCUUAAGGUUAAUGAUACUGCUGUAGCUACAACACUGGGAUUGCUGUUGAUAUCCGCCUCAAUUUUUUACAAUCAAUAUGACCUUUUAAAUAUUUGUUCAUUUUGAGUUUUGACUAAACAAGGAAACCGCUUUCAGAUCGAAAUGUGAAGCCCAUGCCUAUUAUUUCUUCGACCUGCAUUCUUUCUAAACAGCAGGCCAGCAGGUUGAGACUGACUGCAAAAAUUUUGGUUAUAGUAAACAAUUCAUAUUUUCAAGUCUCAUCAAAUUCAUGUUUACUUUGUAAAUUUUAACC